UCUGAUUCCUUGCUUGGCUCGUUGUCGUUGAUCAGUUCCCCGCCAGCUCCCUUUCCAUUCCAUCUGCUGCCCACCGCGGCGCGCGCAGUCGACUGGCGGCUCUCCUCCGUAACCACCCAACCUGCGGACGACAUGAUGAGGCUCGGGAUCGCCGGCACGAGAGCCGCCGCCUCCGACGACGCCAAUCCGGCUGCUGCUUCGGCGGCCGCGGCGGCGGAUGGCGGUUUCCAAUCCGAUCCCCUCGCCGCCGCCGCCGCCGCGAACGCCGAUGGCGCCGGCGCAGUAACCGUCGCCGCAAGCCCGGCGGGCAUCCGGAACGGAAGCAAAGAUGAGUCGUUCUUCGAAGCAAGGCCCUGGUUAGAUUCCGACAACGAAGAUGAUUUUUACAGCGUCAGGGGAGAUUUCACGCCAUCACGAAGCAGUACCCCAGAUCAUCCGAGACUAAUAACAUCCUUCAGCGGGCGGAUGCCGGCAGACAGGCCGAAGCCUUCUCUGAUUCGGAAGAAACAGAGACUUCUUGAGCUUCUUCAGGAGAAGCAGCAUUAUGACGACGAUGAUGACAGCAUCAACGAUGGCGGUAGUGACUUGGAGAAUGGCGAUAGCGCUGUUCAUGCUGAAGAAUACAUGAAGGCUUCUCGCAAAGGCAAGAAAUCGCAGAAGUCAUCAAGAUCCGGCUGCUUCCCAAGCUUAAUCUGGAAGCAUAGUUUCACAAGCCUGAGGAAGGAGAGAAAAGAGCACAAUAAGGACAAAGUAAACUAGCAUCAUGAUGUCGAAAUAUUAUGAUUUUGUAAAAAAGUAAUUAAGUUUGUAAUAUAUAUUCCUUUUCAUUUCAGAAAUGUUGAAACUAGGACAGGAGGAGGUCUUGAUUAUUCUUGGAAAAAAAGACAAAGGAAAGAUAAUGUGGCUAAAUAUAUACUCCCUUUGUUUUUAUUUACA